AUGGAUUUAGCCUCUCCUCUCAUCUCCAGGUCGAAUGACGCGGCUGAGCUCCUGCACGAAGAUCUCAUUCAGGUGGACCAGCGUGUGGAACCAGCAAAGAAGGCGGCUCACCUCCUGCACAAGAAACUUCUGAGCUGCAUGCAGAGCCAGAGUGGCGUGGAGGCCGAGAAACGCAUGAAGAAGCUUCCUCUGAUGCAGCUGUCGGUGGGAAUGGCCGAGUGUCUCAAGGACUUCGACGCAGACUCCUCCAUCAGGCGGGUGCUGGAGAUGUGCUGCUUCCUGGAAAAGAGACUGGCCUACACUCUGGCUAAGUUUGAGGUGAAAGUGGAGAAGGACGUCCUGGAGCCGCUCAACAAACUCGGCGAGGAGGACUUACCUGACAUCCUCAAGAACAGGCAACAUUUUGUGAAGCUGACAAGAGACUGGAACAACGCACGGAUCAGGAGCCAGACCAGCACCGGGGCCCAGGCCAAGCAGGAGGGGCUGAGGGAGGAGCUAGAGGAGGCCUGGAGGAGGCUGGAGAACAUCAAGGACCAGUACUCUGCAGAUCUCUAUCAUUUCGCCUCGAAAGAAGACGACUACGCAAACCACUUCAUCAGACUGCUGGAGCUUCAAGCCGAAUACUACAGAAACUCAUUUGAAUUUCUGGACAAAAACAUCCGUGAGCUGCGAGAAAACCACAGCGGCUCAUCAUCAUCAUCAUCACCAUGGCAACCGUCUGUCUCCAGCCAGAGGGUUUACGGGGAGCCCCUCCUGUCCCACCUGAGCCUCACACAGAGAGACAUCGCGGCCCCCAUCCAGGAGUGCGUCCACAUGCUGCUGCGGACCGGGAUGAGGGAGGAGGGCCUGUUCCGUCUGGCGGCUGCGGCUUCGGUCGUCAAACGCCUGAAGACCUGCCUGGACCACGGCGCCGUCGACCACUCGGAGUUCAGCAUGGACCCUCAUGCCGUCGCCGGAGCUUUGAAGUCCUACCUGCGGGAGCUUCCUGAACCCCUCAUGACCUUUGAACUGUACGGCGGGUGGUUCAAAGCCGCGGGAGAGAAAGAACACGACGAGAAAUUACAGCAGUUUCGAAAAUUGCUGGAAAAACUGCCGCCAGAAAACUACAACAAUCUCAGGUUCCUGGUCCAGUUUCUGUCUCUUCUGUCGGAGCAGCAGGCGGUGAACAAAAUGACCCCCAGUAACAUCGCCAUCGUCCUGGGGCCCAACCUCUUAUGGCCCCUCGCUGAAGGCGAGGCGGCUCUCUUCGACAUGGCUGCAGCCUCCUCUGUCCAAGUGGUGACUGUGAUCGAGCCGCUCAUCCAGAACUGCUCCCUGCUCUUUCCAGAAGAGGUGUCCUUCGAGGUCCCCGACGUCCCGGAGUGUUCUUCUGACCUGUCCUCACCUGCUUCUGGAACGGAGAAACUGAGCAGAACGUUCUCCUCCACCUCCUCCGCCUCCUCCUGCUCCUCCUAUCACACGCCGCUCUCAAAGACAAACAGCUCUGCGUCCCAGGACAGUACGAGCUUCUUCAUCCCUAAAUCAGGCUCCAUCAGUCGCAGCGGAACCUCGUCAUGGGCCGGUCCCACCUCAGAGGUUGCUACUCCCCAGAACCAGUCCAGCAGCAGUGGGUGUCCUUCACAGAGUCCCAGUCCUGCCCUGAGCUCCUCCACCUCUACCUCCGCCUCUGCCUCCACCUCCGCCUCCACACCGGGGCCCACGCAACCUUUGCUCCCCAGGACCCAGGCACCAAACUCGGGCCACAACCAGAGCUCUGAGCAGGUGGUGCUGGAGCCCAUCCUGGAGGCCGCGCCAAACUCACCUCGAGGAUUUGUCAAGAUCACAUCCCCCUUUAAACCCAAACGCUCGUUCGUCCUCAAGCAGAACCAUCACAGCGAGCAGCCCACGGUGCAGUUCUCCAAAACCCCGGCGGCCCAGGGACCCGCCCCCCAUCCACCCCUGCGCAUCAGCCGCACUCAGCCCACGCUGCAGCCUCGCGCUCCUCCAGACCUCCGCAAAGCCCCGCUGAAAAAACCUGGAAUAAAGGCCCCAAACUGCCCCCCUCCUCUGCCCCCACCAUCACAGGCCAUUUGA